CUGCAAUCGACAAAAGGAUCAUUAAUAACCUUGACAGUUCCAUACUUUUGGUUUGAAGAUAACAAUAAUGUUGGCGUUAGUAACAGCAAUGAUAAUAAUCUGGAAGAUGAACCAGAAAUUAAUAGAGAAGUAAUCGAUAAUGUUGAUGAAGUUAAUGGAAUUGCUGGUGGUGAUGAUAUAAUCCAUGACAAUAUUUCUAUCGAGGCAGAAGAAACAAAUAACAAUCAAUCAGAAAAUAGAACUAGAAGAUCAUAUCGGUAUAAGCCAGGAACAGUGGCCUUACGUGAAAUAAGACAUUACCAAAAAACCACCAAUAGAUUAAUUCGCAUGUUACCUUUUCAACUACUUGUAAAGGAAAUAGCUCAAAGCCGCAUUUUUGUCUUAUUUUAG